AUAAACAUACGACAGCAGGAAUUUAGUGGGAGAGAGAGAGAGAAACAAACUUACUUUGUUGUUUGUGUUAACCUUAGAAUUUUGGCACUAUGGACGACGCUGUAUUUAUGCUUUCUGCAGUGAAGUUUGUAAUUUUAUGAGUUGACUCUUUGCUAUCAUUUUCUUUUUAAUUCAUUUGGACUCGAAAUCCUGGUUUCGACUAGGAGUUUCUGCUACUUCUGCUGUUGCUGCAAAGAUUCUCAAAGAGAAUGGGGGAACCAGACGUUUGGCCUUUGUUGCUGGAUAUGAGUAGGGAUGACUGCAAAAGGAUUCUCAGAAGACUUGAACUUGAAGCUUACAGCAAUCUAGUAUCUGUGUUGCGAGCCCAAGGCAGCCUGACUGCUCAGAAGCGUCGCUUACUUCAAAAUGUUGCUCAAACACUCAGUAUUUCUGAGGAGAGGCACAAGGCUGAAUGCAGGAGAGCAGUUAACAGUGAAAAGCUCGCAACUAUAGCAAAACAUAUGAGUGGCACCAACUCAGGAACAGAGUGGGCAAUUGAGGGUCGCAGACUUGUCCCUCUCUUACCUCGGCUUGUGCCACAAACUGCUUUCACUGCCAUUGCUGACAAGGUUGCCAAUAUGGCCAUGACUGAAGGUGCUAAACUACCACUUCCUACACCACCUUUAAAGAAGAGGAUGACAUCUCCACCAAUUGACGAGUUUCUCCUUGAGCCUAAUGUUCCAGAGGCUAGCAAAACAUCUCAAGUAUCUUCGGGAAGCCCCACCACUGUCCCAAAUGCUGAACAUUCUUCAGAUAACCAACAGGGAAAGCCCACCCUCUGCUCUACUCUAUCACCACAGUUUACUCCAAAUAGUCCAAGCUCUCUUCAGGACUGCAGUUCUGCAAUUUUCCUUUCUGAUCCUGCACCUCAGCCGGCUCCCCCGUCACCGCAUGAUCCCACAUUCCCAAGCCAGGUGAAAGAGGAAGUGGUAAUAGAGCAGGCACCUGAGCCCACUGUGGCAUCAGCAGUUCUGACAAACCACACACAACGUUUGAUACAAGCAUCAACCCAGCCAGCACCGGCAAAAUCUCAAGUGGUAUUACUCGUCAAAAAAGAUGACAGGCCGCAGGAGGAUCGCUUGUCUCGGAAACGACCCAGGUCAUCCUCCCUCGAUGUGACAGUCAACACACCUACAUCAAUGAUGCCACCCCCUUUCAAGAAGGAAAUAGUGUCCCCUAUAUCUCCUUUGGGAGUGACUUCACCUCUGAGCCAGUUGCCUACAGCUAUAUCUCCUCAAACUCACAGUCAUCUAGUGCAGCAGCAAACCCUCCAGGCCGCUGCCGCCGCCGCUGCCGCCGCGUCCUCCUCCACCCCAGGCCCAGUCCCAGUGACUCAUGAGCAGCAGUCUCAGCCUCAACAAACUGCUCAGCUGUCGUUGCAGCAAGUCCAUGCACCUCCUCCGUUGGCUCUUCCUGUGCAUACCACAGCAGCAGGAACGAAUCAACAGCCGCAGCCUUAUCAAGCUCAGACCGUAUCUCAACAGAUUCAAAAUUUAGCUUCAACUUUAUCUCAAACCAAUGCACACAACCCUACCCCUUCCACAAGAACCAUCACAAUUCCCUCACAAGGAACAGUGAAGUUAUCAUUAGCAUCAUCAACUCCCAACUCUGGUGCUGGUAUUCCUUCUGGCACUCACAAGGUUAUUAUUGUAUCAAGCACAACUCCAAGCAUAUUGCAGCGUUCCCUGAGUGUUCCUGUAGUGAAAUCUCUAUCAACCAGUGCUCCAAGUCAGCCCUGCACAUCAACUUUAGUUCUCAACACAAAUCAACAAACUCAUCAAGUUAUCAGUGGUAGUGCUUCCUCCACAGGAACCACUGAAACUACAUCUAGUAUACUCUCUCACCAAGUGACUUCCUCAACUUUAUCAUCUAAAGUGCAGGGGAAACUUUUUGCUCAAUCCACCCCAAAAACAAGACCUAGGGCUAAUUCUAUUGUCAUACCUGUAACUCCAAAUCAAACUAACGUAAUGAAUAGUGUUGGUGUCACAAGUGUUCAACUUAAAUCAGCUUUACAGGCUGGUAAACAAGGUGUUCUGAAGUCUAGUGAUGCUGCUGGUUUGAAGAUUAUGCCCAUAUCAAAUAUGACCAACAGUUCAAAACUUUUGCCAAAAUCAACUGGAUCUGGUCCAAUGUAUGUUGUCAGUACACAAUCUACUACAAGCUCCUCUGUUUCCAUGGUUGCUAGAACUGUACCUGCGGGUGGGAGAGUUAUGACCAUCUCCAGUAGCCUUCCAAAAGUAGCUGUCAGUACCUCCCAAGGAGGAAAUGUUCUCUCUGUGACCUCAAAGCCUAUGCAGACACUUCAAUUCUCCCAGGCUGGUUCCGCUGUUACCUCUUCAGGUUCAGUAGCGUUGUCAUCUUCAGGUGGCAAGCCUAACGUCAUUGUCGUCCAGAAAGGCUCUGGUGCCUUUGGUAGAGGAGUAACUCUUUCUCAUGCUGGCAAGGAGGUUGUUGGGAAAGUUCUGUUGGGUGGUAAAGCACUAACUUCCCUAAAUCAAAGUCAAUUUCAGACUACAGGUAAUUCUGCAAUGCCAGGUAGUAAUUUGCAGCCUGUAUCUAACCAAACUACACAGUUAUCCACUUCACUGCAAACUUGCCAGAGUCCUGCAACAACAACUGCAACCACAAGAGUUGUAACAGUUCAGAAGCUACCUUCAGCUGUUGUGCAAGGUUCCACAGGCUCUAGCAAUGUAAUUGUUUUGGAUCUGAGUCAAGAACAGUUUAAUAACUCAGCUGUCCUGAAUGAAAUUUUAGCUUCAAGUAUUCUUCAAUCAAGUAACGUCAUGAGCCUGAACCAGGAUGUCAUUAGUGAAUCAGGCAAUAGUUCCGUUACUUCAGUUAAAGGGAUUUUAAACUUACCCAACAAUCAAACUGAUAUGAACACAGGUGUCUUUUUGAAUGAUGGUGGGAAUAUUUUGGUGGAGGGCCUUAAUCACUCUGUCAGUGAUUCUGUUGACUUUGACUCUCAUGUGGAGGAUGACGCAAGUCACAUAGCAAGUGCUACCUGCACACAGAAUGAGAGUGCUCUAAGUUUUGUUGUGGAUGAUAUUACUCUUGAUGGUGGACAGUCAUCGAAUGGCAGUGCACCACAGCAGUCCAGAGGGCACACUGAUAUUUGUGCAACUGCUAUGUCAAAUGCAAAUUUAAACUUCAAUGAUCUGCUAGAUGACAACAGCAUGGAUGGCAUUCAACCAGUAUCAUAUGAAACCAUGGAAAUGGAGAUGGCGCCAGGAAGUGGCAAUAUUUCUGAAAGCAACAUUCAUGGUAAUACAGAUGGAAAUGAUGGAAAUUGGGAUCUGAGUGGCACCUCUCAAAUGACCACAGAUGGUUCAGAGUACUUAUGAGGUUUUGCUACUCCAAACGCUUUUAAAUUGUAAAACCACUAAAAUGUGUAAUAAAUUUUCAAAUACACUGACUGA